ACACCAGUUGUCACUCAGAGUCGAGAUGGAGAACAUGCUGGAUAGUGAUUAUUACAGGCCUACCAGGUGGGCCCUCAAGUUGAUGGGACAGUGGCCAUUUCAGUCACCACGGAGAAAUAAAAUCUUCAAGUGUCUCACACUUUUUCUCAUCACCAGUAUAUCUUUACCAAUGAUAACAAAAUUCGCGGAAUCAUUGAACGACAUUGAUGUAGUGAUGGAAUGUGUUCCAAUGGCUGGGUCGUAUGGUACAUCGUACUUGAAGUACUUCACUUGGGCAUUCAAUCAUGACAGGAUGAAGGGACUACUACUGUCUAUGGAGAGAGACUGGAGAGAUUUGAAAACCGAACGUGACAUUCAAUUGCUGAAGAAAUUCUCGGAGCGAGCGAGGAAAAUGAAUAAUAUUUAUGCAAUGACAAUCUACGGAUUGCUCUUUUUGUUCCUGGGUGCCCCAGCAAUUCCGAUACUAAUGGACAUAUGUAUACCUCUCAAUCAAUCUCGCCCACGAAUAUUUCUGUAUCAAACUGAAUACUGGAUUGAUCAGAAUGAAUACUACUACUUCAUUGUGCUCCACGCCUAUCUGACUGUGCCUGUUCUAUUCGGACCCGUUAUAUUCUUCGAUAAUUUAUUCUCGAUAUUCAUCAGUCACACUUGUGGCAUGUGCGCUAUUCUCAAAUCGCAUUUAGAGAGUGUUCAUAUUGAGGAUUCAACAGGUGAUGGAGAGAGUGCAUGCAAGCGAUUGCAAUUGUGCGCCGAUAUGCAAACUAAUAUUCUUGAGUACGUGCAAUACUUGGAAUCCACUUGCACAUUACUCUUCCUACUUCUUGUUGGUAUGAGCAUUCUGGUGAUAACAUUGACUGGUAUGAUGAUCGUAAUAAAAGGUGGUGAAGUAAGUGAAAUAAUCAGAUUUGCAUCAUUCAACGUCGGUACAAUUUACCACUUAUUCUGGAGCAGCUGGCAAGGCCACACUCUCAUAGUCGAGAGUGAGAGUAUAUUUUUGUCAGUUUACCAGAGUGAAUGGUACACCCUGAGCCCAAAAGCCCAACGAAUGCUUCUCCCCAUAAUGAUGCGAAGUGCAAAUCCCUGUCAAAUAACAGCCGGCAAGUGCUACGUAAUGUCCAUGGAGAGUUUUGGUGCUGCCAUGAGAGCGACCAUGUCAUUCUUCACUCUACUACUGUCCACACGAUAGAUUCCCCAUGGAUCGUCCAAUAUUAAUUAUCACGUUGAAAAAUAUCGUACCUCCAUAUGUUAUAUUUUUGACUGGUGACUGGACCGAAUAAAAAUCUAGUAAUUAAAAAAUACCAUUACUGAAACAGAAUAUAAACAAAAUCCAUUGUUUGUCUCUCUAACGAAAAAUCCAAUAAAAAUUCACUUCCACUCAGAACUGUGAGAGAAAAAUUAAAUUCAACAUCAUCAAGCUAUAACAAUAAUUAUUUCAACGAUUCAAUGUAUCUGUUGGCAUUUCAAGCAUUCACUACAUACCACAUAAUCAAUUAAAGUUAAUACAAAAAUAAUUAUAAUAAUGAAUGAUAAUUAUCGUAUUUACUGGGACUCAAAGAGUAGAUACCCAUUAAUUAUAAUUCAUUGUUUCAUCUCGACUCGAGUUAAUUACCGAUUUGCUCAUUUCAGCUCUAUGAGUAUCUAUCUGGUAAGUUUUUCAUUAGUUGAUGUGAAUAAAGAAUACAAAAUGAAUAGACAGGUGAGAAAAUUCAUCUGAUCUCAAUAAAAUGACCAUUUUAAU